CUGUACGCAGUUAAGUUUUACUUUUUAGCAUCGACUAUCAAGGAUUCCAGUGUUCAUUUUAGUUUUCGAACCGAAUCUGGCGAAUUGUCAACCGUGGUCGCUUCGGAUUAGGGAUUCGCUUGAGCAGAUUGCCAGUUCGUAGAUGAAACUGUAUGGUUGUUUUGCAAUCCUGUCUGUUUCUUGUAAACAGUAAAUUAGUAAAUAAUCUGUGAUUGGUAUUUGACGCUGCUUUGACUGGCCUCUGAGUCCGGGCACUCCGGGGUCGACCGCCAAGGGCCAAGGGAUUUCAUUUGGAUAGAUAGCCGAGUAUGUUCAGACAGUUCAGUAUCUACAACCGUCCCGGCGAUAUCUACGCGUGGAACGCCGUGGACGUGCGGGCCAGCGACGGCUCUUGGGAGUACGGCCGCGUCAUCAACGUCCUGCACAACGGCCUGGUCGUCGACUUUGACUGCCCCGGACGGCGCGCCGAGCUGGUCGACCCGGAGGCGGUCGUCGUGCGCCGCAGUCGUCGGCCCCGGGCACACCUUCUCGGGCAGCGCCGAGUCGGCGCAGGAUCUGGAUGAAAGCCUCUUCCCCCAGGGGGUGGGGCAGCGGGUGGAGGUGUUGGGGCGGAGCAGUGCCGACCGCCCCUGGACGUGGCAGCCGGGCACCCCCUUUCUUUGCCAGAUGUACUGGCAGCGCUAUGUCUUCGUGGCGAUGGAGGGCCCCGAGGGGGCGGGACUGAAGCGGCUGAUGCGGGCGCAUCCUGUGCGAUUAUUCACCCCGGAAGCAGCGGAACCCGCGGGCGCUGCCGGAACGCUGGAUUUUGUGACGCGCGCCCGCACCCUCCCGGCGGCCUACUGGGGCGGGGGUCCCGUGAGCGCGGCGCGGUGGGAAGCCUGGAAGGAGGCCGUGCAGGCCUCUGAACACGCUUUCUGGCCGGUGUGCCUCAUGGGCGCGACGCUGGUCUACCUGCAAGAACUGCGGGGGACGCCGCUGCUCGACCAGCAUCUGGAAGAAUUGCGGAUGCAAGCCAACAGCAAACUGCAGGCGUCGCCUUGUCCGCUGUUGUUCGUGUCGGUGCCGGCGUCCGCUGCCCUCGCGGAUGACGACGGCCAGGGAAGUGCGUUGCCCUGUCUCCCGGCGGAAGUGCAGCGGGCUGUGCUGGACAUGCUGGACAGUGUGCAGCGCGCGCAGUGUCGGCGGGUGUGUCCGCUGUGGGACGCCCUGAUCGGGACGGAAUGGCGGGUCAUCUGGGUGUCGUUCGCCCACCAGCGCCUCGUCGACGCCGACGGGAAGGCCACGACACCCGACGAAGCCGGCUGGCAGCGGUCCGCCUACCUCGUGGGCAUGUGCUUAUGGAAAUGCCUGAGGGAAACCACCCAAACCAUCGUCAUCAGCAACGCCGUGCAGCAGUGGCAGAAUAACGGGCUGGGCGACUGCCUGGACCUCCUCGACUGGCUGCUGCGGGAGCAGGAGUGGGACGACGAUGUGAGGGUGGUGAUGCAGCGCUUCCACUGGGAGCUGGACGGCCCGCUGACCGACGAGCUGCACGCGGCGGCGGCGGCGGUGGAGCGGGUGGUGUGGCUGAAGGGGACGUUCAGCGGGCCGGUGGAGCACUUCCGCCGGGUGCCGGUGCCGCUGUGCUACAGUCACGUGGAUGACGAGGACGACGACGAGGAGGAGCUGCCCGUCCACGCGGACCUCAGUCAUCUGUUGGAAGCGUAUCUGGCGGAGCCGGAGGGCGAGGAGCGGGCGCGGCUGCUACAGUGGCUGCGAGAUGCCGCCGAGCAGCCGGCGGACUCUGCGGACCGCCAACGCAUCGACAAGAUUCUGCAUUACUGUCAGGAGCAAGACCCGCGUGUGCUGGCCAAGUACGGCGACGUGGCGUGGACUGUGGACGCGCUGCAGGCUGACCAGCUGGGCAGGUUGACCAAACUGACCCUCUGCGCUCUGCAACGCGAAAUGCGCGCUCCGUCGGCUGAUCGUCCAGCUGCCGGCAGCCCUGCCUAUUCCUACGGGGAUUCGCCCGCCUAUUCGCCUUCCAGUCCGCCCCCUUCGCCCUGACCUGACCUGACCCCGGGCUCAUUGGCUGGCUAACCGCUGCUUCACAUGUCCGAUCUCCUUCCAAAAGCAUCCCCUUUUGCGUAACCAGCCAACGGGUUCCCAGCCUUGCAGUCGUGAUGUUGUACGCGCAGUGAUUACGAUGAUUGGCCCUAUUCUCCACCGUUACUUUGUUCAUUCUUGUGAUCGGGUUCACUGGAAAAGAAGCGUAGUUGCUUAUUGUGCUCAAAAUCAUUGUCAUUUCCGAUGCAGUAUCUGACAAUAAAUUAUUCUGUUAUGGCUACGCCGGAAUCCGCUGACAAAAUAUGACUGCCAGUAUUAUUCGCUGUUCACAGUCCACUGGCCGUGCACAACUGACAACGAGAGUAAUCUUGUGUACAUGUACGAGUUCGUUAUAUUCUGUACAAGUCCGUCCGGAUGAUGAGAACGAAUAAAUACAG